AUGAAGGUCAUUGCGCUUGAUGCUGGUGGAGCGACGCUCAAGGCAUCAAUUGUUACCUCUAAUGGACCAUCCACUGCCUCAAUACUUGCAAAUCAUGUAGCUUAUACAUCUACAAACCCGUCAAUGAUGAUCAUGGGUCAGAAGUUGCAGGAAUAUGAACGACAGCGUGUUAAGUUGCGCUACCUACGGCCUGUGCAAAGAGGGUACUGUGUCAAUUGGAACGUCGAGUCUGAGCUCUGGAUACAUCUUCUGUCCAAUGAAAUAUUAAACGUAAAGGAGUUAACCGAGUGUUCAUUAGUAGUUACAGCUCCAUUAUUAGCACCUACAAUUGUAAAUGAGACCAUGGACCAAGUCGUGUUUGAAGAAAUAGGUUUGCAGGCUUAUGCUCGUGUCAAUGCAGCUGAAAGUUGUGUGCUAUCGUACUCGGAGCACUGUGAACGUGAGUAUCAGAAGAAUCAGAUCGAGAGCAUGACGUUUCCAGCAAAAACAAGUUUUUGUACGGAACAAAGGAAUAAGACUAUGGGGAUUAAUUCACCGACGUCUGCUUUCCUUGUGGAUGAAGAUCCGCUUCGGUUUUCGACAUCAUCGUGUCAUCUUGUAGUGGAUUCUGGCUUUUCGUUCACUCACGUGGUACCAGUGAUUGACGGAAAAGUUCAUGCACCAGGUGUGAGACGCAUUAAUGUUGGUGGUAAGCUGCUAACAAAUUACCUCAAGGAGAUCGUGUCAUUCCGUCAGUGGAAUGUGAUGGAUGAUACUCAAGUGAUUAAUGAGUUGAAAGAGACACUCUGCUAUUGCUCUAUGGAAUUUAAAAAUGACCUGCAUCGAUACCACACUGAUCGACAGGAAAGAAAGCACUGGAUUUUGCCUGACUUUGUUCAUACGUUUACGGGAAGAUGCCGUGAAGAUGGCAUUGUCCAAGAUGAUGAAGAGCAGCUUGCAGAGGCAAACGACGAGGUACUGUUCAAUCCAUCAGACAUUGGUAUCCAUCAGGCGGGAAUCGCAAAGACUAUCGUACAGGCUGUUAACGCGUGUCCUGAAGAGCUUUCGGAUGCUUUUUACGCAAACAUCCUACUAGUUGGAGGAAACACAAAAUUUAGGAACUUUCGGCAGCGUCUUGAGCGUGAUUUACGGUCGUUGGUACCAGUUGAUUUUGACAUUGGUUUGCAUGAGCCAACAGAUCCAGUACUCGCAGCAUGGCAAGGUUGUUGUUCUUUGGCGAGGUCGGAUGCGCUAUCUGAACGCGUCGUAAGCAAGAAGGAGUAUGAAGACAUGUUACUAUCAGUUGAUAACACUCUUGCGAUGUCUCCUUCCUGA